AUGCCAGAUAAAAACGCAAGUACAAGUUGUCCCCUGCCGCCGAGUAAUUUCAGUCUUGAUAUCAACACCUCGAACAUGCCUUUAGCUUGGAGAAACUUCAACACUAGUCAAGCGCAAGUGGGCAUGUGCAUGAAAUGGUUGUAUUCAAACGCACCACCACACGUAAAAAAACAUGAAAUGAUAUUCCCCAUGGUUGGACAUUCCUUACCGUCCGACAGGGUAUUCGCGAAAAUUGAAAAGGAAGUAAAGAAGAUGUCAGUCAUAUGCGACCCACAAAUGUAUGUAAAUUUAUUUACAAAACACGUAACUAUUGUGAAACAUUUGGGGGUGGAUGUUGAAGUGUAUGACUGGAAGAACAAAGUGACUAAUGUAUGCAAACCUCCUGGCAGCUGGCAUUUCAAAAUUUAUUACAAACGAUUUGUACUUCACAAAGGACACCAGAAUGUAAGCGUACAAGGAGAGGAGAACUACAGAAACUAA